AUGUCUAGCUAUGUCGCAGGUGGAUAUGGGGAGGAACAUAAACGUGGGGGAAAGAGGGAGAAGCUGGCAGGAUAUUUUAAAGCUGCAAAUGAACUCCGACAAUCAUACUCGCAAUCGUAUUCCGAAAAAUGGGGAGGAAACAACGGAGUGGAUGAUGAUCCGCUCGGAAUACCAGGUUCAUUCCCGGAUGUAGCGAUUGUUUCUCAUGGAGAUGAGCAAAUGAUUUUAUUUCCAUCGUAUGCGCGGAGACAUACGAAGGAGAAACCCUUCUUUGAAAAUACUAACAUGAAUCCCAAGUUGAACGAACCGGGAGAUGCGGAAUACUGGGACAGGGAAUGGCAGAAAUAUGAGGAUGACAAGGCUAUAGUCGAUGUGGAUGUUAGAGGAUGGCUUUACUCUCCUCAUAGAGGGCCUAUGACAAGAAAGAAUCGGCUACUCAUUGGACUUGCACGUCAGUUGAGUGGCAUACCAGCACCGAAAUCUGGGAGCCGCGAUACCAGUCCGGAUUCAAAUUCAUUAAGAGCGAAGCAUAGAGAACAUGAGGAUAGACGUGAUGAGGAGAAAAUUGCCCGAGAAGCAGAACAAAUAUUGAAAAGGGGACGAGGUGAGAAGCAAGCAGCCCUUCGUGGUGACUACAGUGAAACGCCAAAACCCGAUUCAGAUAGUGAUAGCAUUUAUGGAGAGCGUGGUAGGCGGCGCGGUGGUAGUUCAAGAGUGUCACCUGAGUCAUCUCCUGCUCCCGGUCGACUGUCGAAACGUGCAUCAUGGAAUCAGCCUUCCGAGAUGACCCAGGCGGAGCUUUUGACAGCAAAUGCGCAUUUGAUGGCACGAUUAAGGCCAUUCCUUACGAAUCCAAUGGUCUCUACAGCAAUCACGGUCUUCUUCUAUGAUGAAAAGAACUCUUCGUCACGAACAAUAGAAACAAAUGACGCAGGUCAUUUCAUUAUGCGAGCUGCUUUGGAAUUUGUUCCUACACAUGUUAGAGUAUUGGCCUCGGAGAAUCUUUCAGCGAUUGAAGAAGUCAAAAUCACUGAACCAAAAGGGGUCAGUCUAAUCAGUGAUGUCGAUGAUACCAUCAAACAUUCUUCAAUUGGUGCAGGGUCUAGAGAGAUUUUCAGAAAUGUGUUCAUCCGUGAAUUCGCUGAUCUCACGAUUGAGGGUGUCAGGGAAUGGUAUAAUACAAUGUAUGAUAUGGGUGUAGGGGUACAUUACGUAUCUAAUUCACCUUGGCAGCUAUUCCCAGUCCUGGUGAGCUUCUUCAGAAAAGCAGGGCUGCCACCUGGAUCUUAUCAUCUAAAGCAAUACAGUGGAAUGCUUCAGGGGAUCUUUGAACCCGUCGCAGAAAGAAAGAAGGGCACUCUUGAGAAGAUCAUGCGAGAUUUCCCAGAGAGGAAGUUUAUCCUGAUUGGUGAUAGUGGUGAAGCAGAUUUAGAAGUCUACACAGAUGUCGUCCUAGCAAAUCCGGGGAAAAUCCUCGGAAUCUUUAUUCGAGAUGUUACAACACCUGCCGAUAUAGGAUUCUUUGAUACGGCGCUGGGCCCACUCAGUGGAGAGCGUCGAAGAAUUGAACCUUUAUCUCGAACACAAUCCAUUGAUAGCAGGAGAUCAUCUACAUAUAGUAAAUCAGACCAGUCAGACAAGCGACCAUCUUUACCUCCUAGAGUACCCUCGGAAACGAAACCUCAAACCAGCAAUGGUCCAGCCAUGGGGACUCUCAUUGAUUUCGCAGAUGAGCCCGAGAAUGAGCCUGUACAUAUACCUCAUCGGCGAAUGAUACCUCGAUCUAUGUCAGAUAUGGAAAACCUAGGUGUUCCACGACGAAAGUCUGCCAAUGAUGGUAAAGCGGCUCCACCUCGACCUUCCAAGCCUCUGUCGCUUCGAGGAGCAAGCACAAUUACAGUCGUUCCACUUGAACCAUCCGAACCCACCAAUAAAAGCUCUCCCCCACCGCCACCAAAACCUCGUCGUUCGGGUGCUAUACACGGAAGUGUACAUCAUCCAUUGAAACAAGCACAAAGCAGUGCGGAAAUGUCAGAAUCAUCUAAUGACGGCUACAUAUCUAGUGCUCGCCAUAAAGUUGCAGAGACAUACAAUAAUCUUCCCGAAAUGAGAUCGUACAUGCCAGGCAUGGGCGAAUUAAAUUCCAGGCCCCAACCUUCACCCAGUCAAACACAAUCACACUCACACUCACACAGUCCAUUAUCGCCCCACGGACCCCCGCCCCCACCACGCCGAACAUCCACCAUCCCCUCCUCAAUCUCCACAGCCAGCACUCUCACCCUCACCAACACCAACAACAGCAAUAACAACAGUCCCUCCUCAUCCGAAGACGAAUAUUACCGCCCCAACCACGGAGCUCCCACGAGCAAAAAAAUUAGAACUGUGGAAACGUCGCUGGAAACGCGCAAAGGAUAUACUGGAUGCGCAAGAUGUGACACUGAGAGCUUGGAGGACGGGCGGGGAUGUGUGUAUUGA